AUGCGCUUCACCAAAAUGGCAGACGCACAUCCUGAGCCAAAGCUGAAUGAGCAGCCUAACGAACAAGUGACACACACAAGCCUGGAACAGCGGAUGGAUGAGCUCUUUGCCCGCUUCUGGACACAGCUGGAGCCCCAAGCCGAGGCCACCCAAGCUCGGAGCUGGAGGAGACCACGAGGGGGAAAGGAGCAAGUGACACAGGUACACCCUCAGGGCACUCACACCCAAAAAGCCACAAACACAAGCAGACAGAGCCCUCCUGAACCCAGCGCAUCGGCCACCACGACAGACAACCCCCCGCCACAAGUGAUGAGAAUACACCUGGGGCCACUGCCGCAUCCCACACUGGGAAGACUUGGGCUCUGA